CAUCGCUAUAGUGAAAAAAUAGUUCACUAGCAACUCCAGCAUCCCCUUAAGGGGAUGCUGGAGCUGCUAGUGAACUUUUUCGUGAAAGUGCUGCCACUUCGAUGGAACUAAAAUAUCAGUGGCUGACAGAAUUGAUAUUACCGACAUGUCGGGAAGACGUGAAUGCUUCAAAACUCUGAAGCAUUUGGAACGUCAACUGGACUGUAAGAAGUCUUUCAAUAUUUAGGGUGCGUUCCGAGUCGCGCAUAUGCGCGCAUUUAUCUAUAAUAAUGUAUUAUAUAUCACAACAAACUUACUUUUUUACAAUAUAUAUCAAAUAUGCAUAUGAACAUUCCAAUAAGAGUUUUUUCAUACAAUCAUUAUAUUUUGUAGCUUCUCGUAUAUGAAACUUUUAUAGGAUAUCUAUAAAACAAAAAAUCAAAUUCACCAAAACAUCGCUACUAUUUGUAUCAAAAUCUAGAGCCAGAUUACUUAUAAGUUAAUAAAAUGAUGUGAAAUGAUUGUGAAUGUGUCAAAAUACUUUGAAUUAUUUUUAAUAACGCAGAAUCUUCGUCGAUUUUGAAUAAAUGUGAUGGGAGUAUAUAAAAAUAUAAACUAAAUAAAUCUGAAAAUGACACUAAUUAGUAUUUAUUAAAAUUAAAUAUAGUCUGGAAAAUAAUACAUGUUGCAAUCAAGCUUGCUACAUAACAUUCAACAAGCAUAAUGAUGUAUUUUUAAAUAAUUAUGUAUUAUUUAAUCAACACUGAUGCAACUGGUCUUGUAACUGAGCAUACCGCAUUUGUAACGAGCGUUCUCCUUCUGUUUGUCUGUCACGUCUUCCAUGAGUGCAUUUAUUCGUCUUCGAAUCGCCACCUCUUCCUGUAUUUGCAACAAUUUAAAUGUUGACAAAUCCAAAUACUUGCUCUAUGUGUUCUCCAAGUUCAUGCAGCUGUUUUGUGAGAACUUGUGUUAUGUAUAAUAUAUAAAAUAUCUAAAAUAUUUUUAAAUAAGAGUAAGAAAGAAGGCAAUGUUUUUAUUACAUAUUAGAAGAAAAAAGAAACAUUCUGAACUAGUAUAGCAAUGGAACACCGUUCUCUUGAGUAGGUUUAGCAGCGCCAAGUAUUUCGAAUAAGUUACUUACUAAUAACAUCCUUCAGUGACAUUAAAUAUUUAGAAAAUUUAAAAUAUUUAUAAAAAUUUAGAAAUAGAAUGGGCCUCUCCAACGCCCAUUCCCGUGAGAACGCAACCAAUUUAUUUUUUCGUCUCUCCGAUUGAUCAUAGGAGGCAUGUGAGCAAUAACGCAUUUGUUGCAAGAAGCGUUCGCGCGAAUAACGCACGCAUCGAGCAACAAUGUUUUACUCAACAUUUAUGACAUCAUUGAUUAUGAGGUCAUUGCCACGUAUGUGAUGCCUUUGAAAAUGUGAUGUGUAAACAUUUUUAGGUCGGGAAAAGCGUCAGUUCCUUACUUUGUAAAAUAGUAAGAAAAUGACGUCUCAUGCGCUUCGCGUCAUUGCAAUAUUUUUCCUCGCAUGAAUCUUUUCCCAACGCUAUAGCAGUAGCAAAGGCGGCAGCAUAAAUACCACAACUCGUAUAAUCCGGUUGUGUUUGCACCUUUUCAAAAAUUAUAUCGCUCACGUUUAUUUGUGGGAAACGUUUGCGAAUAUAAUACCACCGCCACCACCAUCGCAACUACCACCGCUGACGGAGCAACAAACAACGACGACGGCGAUAGUACCACCGCCACCACCAUCGCAACCACCACCGCCGACGGGGCAACAAACAACGACGACGGCGAUGGUACCAUCGCCACCACCGUCGCAAUCACCACCGCCAACGGGGCAACAAACAACGACGACGACGGUGACGAUACCACCGCCGACGGGGCAACAAACAACGGAUCAUCCACCGUCACGGGAUGCAGGAAAAGGAAGAGGAAGAGGAAGAGGGGCGCCCGUAUCGCAUAAACAAGUGAAAAAUAUCAUUCGUCGGGUGCUGCAAGUGGAGAGGAGGAGAAUGGGGUAUACACUACCCCCACCACCGCCGCCUCCCACACCGUAUGCACCGUACGCGCCACCGCCGCCCACACCGUAUGCACCGUACGCACCGCCGCCGCCCACACCGUAUGCACCGUACCCAUAUCCAUAUAGAUAUUAAAAAUUGUCUUUAAAAAUAUGCCUUCUCCAUUCCAUUCUAUAUAAUAAAUAUCAUAUAAAAAAUA